GAACAAAACAAUUACUUGGACAUUUAAAUUUUUCAUUUCGCCUUGGUAGAAAGACAAAGUUGGCAACAACUUAAUCAAGAAAAGAACGCACUAAACUAAUCCCAACAAGCAACUGAUUAAGGGAAUGAAACAUUCUAAUCCCAACUUGAUAUAAGGCUAAUUAAGCCCUGUGUUGUGAAGUUGAAUUUCUGAGCUUCAGGUCUACUAAGAAGUAUUAAAGAUGCAAGGCCUUGUACGAUUUUGCCGUGAACAUAUACACAUCAAGAAACAGCAUCACUUACUGAACUUGAUAAAGCAUAGAAAAGGUGCAAUGGUUGCAAGAUCCUACUCGAUGCCAUUGCCGGAGAAGGGAUUGCACAACACAACGAUUGCAGAGGUGCUAUCGACCAAAGGGCAAGACAGGAUCGGAUCCUGGGUCUGGUGUCGAACAGAUGACACCGUCUAUGAUGCUGUCAAGCAAAUGGCACAGAACAACAUAGGGUCUCUUGUUGUCCUGAAGCCGGGAGAAGAGCAGCACAUAGCAGGAAUCCUAACGGAACGAGACUAUUUGCGUAAGGUGAUCGUGCAAGAUAGGUCCUCUAAAUACACAAAAGUUGGGGAGAUCAUGACUGAUAAGGACAAGCUACUGACAGUAACAUCAGAUACAAACAUUCUUCAUGCAAUGCAGCUCAUGACUGAGAAUCAAAUUCGGCAUGCCCCGGUUAUAGAUGGGAAAAUAGUAGGCAUGAUUUCCAUGGUCGAUGUUGUGAGAGCUGUGGUGGAGCAACAACAUGGUGAAAUGAAGCGACUAAACGAGUUUAUUCGAGGAGAUUACUAUUAAGGCUCGUAUGCAGUAACAUGGAAUAAUAUAUAUCUGCAAUUAGGCAUUUGCCAACCGAAUCAAUCUCGCAUCAUUGUUACUUCAAUUUCAAACCUUCAAUCAUACUAUAUUAAUGGCAUUUUCUCAACAA